UUAGGGGGGCGGUGUCACGUGACGAGGGAAUGGAGCCGGAAGAGGGAGCGCCGCUGUGGCGGCUGGAGAAGGUGCCGGCGGAGCUCGGCGCUCAGCUCCUGCACAGGGCGGUGGAUAGCCUCUGUGGCCGUGCCGCCCCCCAGGGUCAAAAUGGAGACCAACUUUGGGAUCCAGCCGAGUGGGAAGCCAUGCGGGAAGACAUCGCCGUGUUCUUCAAAACCACCGUGGGUCACGAUCGGCCCGACGAAGAGGCCCUGCAGCAGUUGGGUCAGCUGAGCCCCAGGCUUCAGGAAACCGUUAUGCAGUGUUUGAAAGGCAGGAAAGAAGAGAUCAGGCAGGCCCUGCUAGGGGAGGUCACUGCAAUCUCCUCCGCCCAGCUGCAGGACUUUGACUGGCAACUAAAGCUCGCCCUCUCCAGCGAUAAGCUCGCCACAUUGCAGAUGCCACUUGUGAAUCUCGAUCUCGAUGUGCGAGAAAAUGGCGAAGUGAAACCGUAUUCCAUUGAGAUGAGCAAGGACGAGCUUCAGAAUCUCAUCAGUGCCCUGGAGGCCGCCAACAAGGUUGUCCUACAGUUGAAGUGACGGUGGGGGGGAGAUGGAUGCCUGUUGUGCCGGUUUCUCACUGUGGGGCUCCCUCCUCCUCCUGAGGCCGAGGGAGUGGAGGCUCUCCCCUGGACUGGACAGCCAAAUGGGCCUUGGCACCCUGAGACGAGACCCACGGAGCAAGCUGCAAAAGUCCCCAAAAGCCAAUCCUCCAGACGGGCUCAUCGUGGGAAAUGAAGAUGCUCUGAAAACCACAGUGGCAUUUUUGGUGUCUAAGAGGGAUUGUUAUGUCCCAUGAGUGAAAUUGGUGAUGAGCCUGUGCACAUUUGUGUUCUUUGGGCUUUCUGAAUCCCAGAACUCUAGUACAAAAAUCUUGAAAAUGUCUUCUCAACACUCUAAUCUGAUCCUAACCUGUAUAUUGCUAACUCAUUUGUAUGUUAAUAUCCAUGUCUUGGGUUAUAGGUGCCUCAUGGGAAGAAUUAAAAUGGUUUGGAAAUCCAAGUGUUUAAAAAUACGUAGUGGUCAAAUCAGCCUAAAGAGAGGAUUGGUCAAUUAGUGGUAUUUAUUGUGUGCGAACUGUUUGCAGAUCACUAUAUUGAGCGCUUGGGAAAGUACGGGAUAAUAGUGUUCGUAGACACGGUUUCUGCCCGUAAUGAGCUGAUGGUCUAGAGAGAGAUUACAUUACAACUAGGGAAAAUGGAAUCCCUGUGGACUGGACAUAACUGGGAGGCCCUGGUCAUCUCGGGCCAGUCCUGGGGAAUGAGACCAGUCCUCACCAUCUACCCACACACACUAGGAAACUUCUGUUUCAGAGGCCAGUCAACACCCAGUCCCCAUCUGGGCUUCAUGAUCAUCCCUGAAACCUUUCAGCUGCGGCCCAAGGACGGGUUCCCCCAAACUAGGCCAUGUGGGGUGAACACCAACCAUGCAGUGGGUUGGGGGCGUGGAGGGAAGAGGUAAAUGAGGCCAGGACGUGGUCCCCACCAUGGCCAGUGCAUUUGUUGACGAAAAAGAGGAGACUGGAAGCGCAACACAGGGGCACCAAAAGUGUGAGGUUGGGUGAGAUCCCGGUUUCCACCCGGAUCUGCGGUUCCACGAAGGGGCAGAAGACGUGAGUCGUGAGCUGCCUGUGACACCAGCUCCAAGAGUGGUGAUAUCAUUUGCACCGUUUAGCACAGGCCUGUAUGAGUCGGCCUGAACCUAGAGUGUGCUCUGAUCCCCCGGCUCCAGAGCCUAGGAAAAUGGGUCCCAGGGCUGAAUGGUGCCGGAGGAAGGCUGUGGGCUGCAAUUGAGGAGACCGGUGCCUUUCUGUGCUGGGCAGGGGCCGGACACUGGACCGUCCCCGCGAUGGCACCCCAGACAAACAGCCACCCACUGUCCAUGCCACUUGGGCUUGAACCAACCGGGGCCCCGGGCAGUUUGUCCGACGGGCCUGUUGUGGUGCAGCCGGUGACCCCAGUGGCGGGGCGGUUCUGAGGCAGGGUAAGGGAAGCUCCGGGAGAGCUUCUGAGAAUCUCCUGGCUCGUCAGAUCAGUUAUUUUUGAAAAGGACAGAAUGUUCCAUCUCCACCGUUGCUGUGGAAACCCUGCCGGAAGGCUGAAUAGGCUUUAGAAUUUUAGGAUGUUUCCCCUUUGGACAAAAGCAGCAGGGAGACGUGAUCGUGGCUAUGAAUUACCAACUGGAAGACCUCUCUGGCCACGGGGUCGAUACCCUUGUGAUUUGGAGCGCUUUUGUGCGUGAGAGGGUGCCCUGGGGAGCAGGUGGUGGUGGGGGGGAAGAGGCUGAAAAACCCUUUUGGAGCAGGCAGGCAUCCAGGUGCCCCUGGAGGAGACCCAACCGGCGCGGUGGGCUUCGCCUGUCGAGGCUGCCCUCCCCUCCCCCCUCUUCUCCUCCUCCCCUGCCCCCCACAGUCAUUUCCCCCAGGGAGCUGCCGUACCGGAUAGGGAGACCGGUCACUUGGCCCUGGGCUCCGAUGGAGGUCAUCCGAGUCCACCAGGCUAGCGCCAGCACCCCUACGAGGCACUCUGUACCUGGGCAUGCUGCCUUUGGCUUGUGUGUAUCUGUGUUUGCCGUUUUCUGGUGCUUUCCCUUUGCUCUGUUUACUAAUUACAUGCAGGAUUGAUUUUGAUUUUGUUUUAACCUGCCGCUGAUGAGUAGCCUAGUGUAUGAGUGAGCCCUGUACAAAUCCACACAAUCCACACUUUCAAACCGCCUACGUGUCACGCCUCCCUCACCGAUCACACACCACCCACAAUCCCAUUGUAAAUCAGCUACUCAUCAUGGGCUGCCCCCUUUCCUCCCCUCUACCCUCCACCCCACCCCCCCACAUGUCUCACACAGCACAGCCCUACGUGACACCUGGAAUAAUGCUGCUAAGCACAUGCUGACGCCUGCUUUUUGAGAGCAAGUGUGAGCUGCUUGUCUGGCUUUCAACAGACAGUUACUUUGAGGGAGUAGUAUUGGUGAGAAAAUAAAUCAAAUGAAUGCACUUA